GCCGCCUCUUUUUCUGCCCCGCGGAGAAGAUGACCGUCGGGAGGCCUGCGGGAGCCUCCGGCGGCGCUCAGUGGAGCCGGCAGAUACUUUCCUCCAAAUCCUCCUCAGACACGGAGACGGGAGAGGAGCAGUCUGGGAAUGGGCUGGUUUCACCCAGGGCUGGCACACUUGAUGACUUCCUCAGCCCAGAGGAGGAGACAGUUUCUAAUUCUUCGGACUCAACUGGGAGCUUUUACGAGGCCCUGAAGGUACUAAAGCAGAAAGGCAGGUGGUGCCUGUUGGAAUCCCUUUAUCAGAAUGACCCAGACAGUGGUGAGAAGCUCUCUGAAGAUGAUGAGGACCUGGAGAGUUUCUUCCAGGACAAAGGCAGGGGGAAGCUGGAGGCCCAGUACCCCUCGUCUCCAAGGUGUGGCUCCACAAGGCGCUGCAGCUCCCUGAGCAGCCUUCCCUCCGACAUUCCCAAGGUUCAGCCCCAGCCACCCUCGCGCUCCGGGCCUCCCUCACAGCACAGAAGCGUCAGCUCCUGGGCAUCAACCAUCACCGUCCCUCGGCCAUUCCGCAUGACGCUGCGUGAGGCCCAGAAGAAGGCGCAGUGGCUGGCCUCACCUGCUUCCUUGGAGCAGGAGAGGAAGCAGGCCCAGAGGCAGGCUCAGGAGGAGGCCGAGUGCCACCGGCAGUUCCGGGCACAGCCCGUGCCAGCGCACGUCUACCUGCCCCUCUACCAGGAGAUCGUGGAGCGCGGUGAGGCCCGCAGGCAGGCAGGGAUCCAGAAGAGGAAGGAACUGCUCCUCUCUUCCCUGAAGCCCUUCAGCUUCCUCGUGAAGGAGGAACAGAGAAAAGAGGCUGCCACACAGAGGGAGCUGGCGGCCACAGCUGAGGCCCAGGUCCCCAGGCAGAAGGCCACCAGAAGGAUCCCCAAGUCCAUUCUGGAGCCAGCCCUCGGGGACAAACUCCAGGAAGCGGAGCUCUUCAGGAAAAUUCGCAUCCAGAUGCGAGCCCUAGACAUGCUCCAGAUGGCCUCCUCCCCUACCCUCUCCUCCAGCAGCCGGGCUGACCCCCGGCCUCGAACAGCUACCCGAACCCAGAAGGAAAAGCUUGGGUUUCUGCAGACCGACUUUGGAUUCCAGCCUCGUGUGAAUCCUGCCGUGCCUGACUACGAGGGCCUUUAUAAGGCCUUCCAGAGAAGAGCUGCCAAGAGAAGGGACACCAGAGAGGUGCCUCGCAACAAGCCCUUCUUGCUGAGAACCGGCAGCCUGCGUCGCGCUCAGCAUCCCUGUGAUGCCGCCAUCUCUGGAGGGAGGAGGGACUCUCCCCAGGCACCAGCCACCCCCCUGCCAAGGAGUCGUUCUCUGAGUGGCCUUGCUUCCCUCUCUGCCAACACCCUCCCUGUGCACAUCACAGACGCCACCAGGAGGAGGGAGUCUGCCGUCAGAAGUUCACUUGAAAAAAAGGACAAAGCAGAUGAGAGUACUCAGUGGUUGGAGAUGCACAAAAAGAAGUGUCAAGCAAUGUCUAAAUCUGUGACCUUGCGUGCAAAAGCCAUGGAUCCCCAUAAAAGCCUGGAGGAAGUGUUCAAAGCAAAGCUGAAAGAGAAUCGGAACAAUGAUCGUAAAAGAGCAAAAGAGUAUAAGAAAGAAUUGGAAGAAAUGAAGAAGAGAAUACAAACCAGGCCCUAUCUCUUCGAACAAGUUACCAAGGACCUUGCCAGGAAAGAAGCAGAACAACGGUAUCGAGACACCCUGAAGCAGGCUGGGCUGGAUGAAGACUUUGUGAGAAACAAGGGUCAGGGCACCGGGGCUGUACAGUGGAAGGAGCAGUCAGAAGUCUCUGACUGUCCCAGCACCCAGGAAACUACAAAACUCGGCACCAGAAAUCCACAGCAGGAUUUAGAAGAAUCUCUACAACAGCCUCCAAGCCCCAAAAAAGAAUUGGAGGAGCUGCCUUAUGAAUGGCUAGAUAAUUUCAGAUCACUUGCUUAAUCAGUAACACUUAAAAUUACUGCUUUCCAAUAUUAAGUAUCUAACGUGGGGUUGAGUCAAGGCAGGCAAAACUUGGCUUUUGAGUCAAUGGCUAGUCUUGGAGAAAGAUAAGAAAAGUAGCAGGAAGAGAAGUAGCAGGUAACAAACAGGGAAGGGUUUAAGCAAAUUAAAGUGAAAAGCCUCAGGGUGGAGGAUUCAGAGCCGAGUUAAGCAUUCUUGCUUCUUGUGCUUCCUACUUAAAUAAGGAGCACACACCCAAAUGCCUACAGGGGCCAGUUAGGAAACAAAUGGGUCACAUAGGCUGGGUAUAAGAUAGACUAUUAAUGAAGACUGGAGUCAGCUAGAACCCAGGCCCAGAACUGCCAGAUCAGCAACUGAGUUUUCAACAGAAGCCAUAAUUUGCAUGUUGGCAACUAAUUAAAACAUUACUCAGAAAUCCUGUGUGGGAAAAACAACACACGUGCAGGAUGACAAGUUUGCAACUUCUGGUACACAGAUUCUCAGCCUCAGUACUACUGAGAUUCAGGGCCAGAUGAGUCUGUGCUGGGAUUUGUGAGGAGCUGUCCUGUACAUUGUAGGACGUUUAGCAGCAUCCCAGGCUUCUACUCACUGGAUGGAAGCCAAUAACGCCUUCUCCCCAGUUAUGACAAACAAAAAUGUCUCUAGAUACUGCCAUGUGUGGGGCAGUGAGCAGGCAAAAGUGUUCCCAAUUAAGAACCACCGGCUCAGGGCGCCUGGGUAGCUUAGUCGGUUAAGCGUCCGACUUUCGCUUAGGUCA